CGUGUUCGUUUCUGUUUACUGUGCUCGGUCGUCCGGCAAAAUUCUGGUUAUUCGGCUACGGGACAAACUUUAACCACACCCUUAAGCCUCACUUUAGAUCAUUGGACCCAGGUACGAGAAAGGGCACAUAAUCUCUCUGUAGAGAUUAACAAGAAGAGAUGGAAAACUCUCUGCUCCUCAGAAUGGCCCACCUUUGGAGUGUCAUGGCUGCCCGAGGGAACUUUCAAUUCUCAAAUUAUUUUACAGGUGAAACAACGUGUCUUCAGUCCUGGGCCUCAUGGGCACCCUGAUCAAGUGCCCUACGCAGUCACCUGGGAAUCUUUGGCCACCGACCCCCCUCCUUGGAUAAAACCUUUUGUCUUUUCCGCCUCGCAGCCGAUCCCCUCUCCUACAGCUCCACCCCUCCCGAUGUCCCCUACUAUGGCCCUCUCCUCUCCCUCACCCCCGCUCGUUCCAAUCCCUGCCCUUCCUCCCCCACCUAAGCCCCCAACCCCAUCUUCUUCUCUUUACCCAGCCCUUCUAAAGGACAGCCCCAAAGCCCCUCCAGUACUCCCACCUGACCCCCACUCCCCUCUCAUUGAUUUACUCUCAGAAGAUCCCCCACCUUAUGUGCAACAGGAACGUCCCCCCCCCCCGACCCUCAGCGGGCGCCCGGCCCAAAGCGGCAAGCGCCCCUUCGGCACCUGCACCUCCCACUCCCUCGCCAGUGGCAGGAAGAUUGAGAGGGAAACGAGAUCCCUCUCCCCCCCACCCGAAGCUGCCGCCCGCCUUUUUCCUCUGAGGGAGGGACCAAAUGGCCUCCAAUAUUGGCCGUUCUCUGCCUCGGAUCUCUAUAAUUGGAAACAACAUAACCCUCCUUUUUCCAAAGAUCCUAGUGCACUAACUAAUUUAAUUGAGUCCGUUUUAGUUACACACCAGCCUACUUGGGAUGAUUGCCAGCAGCUUCUACAGGCUCUCCUCACCUCGGAAGAGCGGCAAAGAGUUUUUUUGGAAGCCCGGAAAAAUGUUCCAGGCGAGGACGGGCGCCCCACGCAACUCCCCAAUGAAAUUGAUGAUGCUUUUCCCCUCACCCGGCCAAACUGGGACCUUGCUACGGCGGCAGCCCACUUGCAGGCCCUGCAUCUGGUACACACUGAAAUCUGGAAGCCCCUGGCCGAGGCGUACGAUGAGCAGCGCGCCCGACCCAUAGCACCUCACCCCUUCCAGCCCGGAGAUACCGUUUGGGUCCGUCGGCACCAAACCAAGAAUUUGGAACCCCGAUGGAAGGGACCCUAUACGGUCCUCCUCACCACACCAACUGCUCUGAAGGUCAAUGGAAUAACUGCUUGGAUACACGCCUCCCACGUCAAGGCCGCGUCACCCGAGGACCAAGCCACCAUCUCCGCAUGGCGGGCCCAUCGCACUCAAAACCCUUUAAAGAUAAGACCGUCACGCUCUUAAUUAUAUUUGCUCUAU